UGUCCGGGAGCAUAUUGCAAUGAAAAUGGCGUCCUGUUGUCAGGAUCGGUUUCGAGCAAAUUUUAACUCUUAAAAAACUUCAUGACCUAUGCUUCAUCAAGUAAAAUGAAUAGCAGAGAAAUAAUCUAAAUAAUCAGUAGUACAAAACGAACCGAAUAUUUUCGCACUGAGCCAUCCGCAAGCCUUGAACCGUCUCUCGCAAGAGAUGCCUCCGAAACCUGUUCAGUUCUAGUGUAGUGCGGUGUUUGUUGGUGUAAACCCCCGGAAUUCACUACAGGAGGAUCAGGGCCGACAGCACCAUAUAUGAUGUGCUGGAGCCACCGUUUGGGGUCGUAAAAUGGAAAAAAACCGACAUGGCCGACAUAAAGAUAAGUCGAGAAAGUCGAAAAAGCGAAAAAAUCGAGAGGCCAACGGCGCCUCGUCCACGUCUCUAGCCGCCUCCAAGCCCCUGGUCGAGUACUCGGAUGUGAGCUCGGAGGACCUCUCGGGGCCCGAAGCCGGCGAAAUCCAGAGCGGAGAGGAGAGUCUCAGUCUGAGUGAUGACGGCGAAAUAAUGCACAGGAGCAGUCGCAGGUUCACGCGCAUUGAAGAAGACUAUUACCUCGCUAGAGAGUCGCAACUGGUCAUUGGACACUCUCCAGGCCGUCGACAUAGACUUGACCCGUCUAUGAUCCCCCGUUCCCCCUCACCGCUGAUGGUAACACACCGUGAGCGUAAGCCCUCAGUCUCAUCGAGAUCGUCCAGAUCGAGCGAAAUCAGACACCGGCGAAAGACCGAAGGUUCGCCCUCCGAUUACCGACAAGUGGUUGUCUCGCCCGACGAUUAUGAUUCACUAGAUCGAAAAAAGCGAAAAAAGAAAGACAAGAAACACAAAAAGGAAAAGAAGAAUAAGAAGAAGAAGAAACGUAGUAAACACCACUCGAGUACAAGUCUUGAUAGUCUCGAUUCCGAUUCGGAGGAGACUCCACCGAAGAAAGCCGAAGGCGAGAAAGAGGUGCUUUCCGAUUGGGAAACCUCCUCGGUUAAGAACCCAGCCCCCAUUAUCGAUAAAAUCGAUACUAGUGCUUGUUCACCGGUAUCUAACGAUAGUCAUAUCGCGUCACCUGAGCCCCUAGAACUUGAAAAGUCGCCAAGUCCCGGGGCUGUAACGCCGCCCCCAAGACCACACAAUUUGCCCCCGAGAGAGUCCCCACAUACGCCGCCUUUGGUGCCCACAAGGGUCAAUAACUCGAUUGACGAGUACGAAAGACAUAAACCCUACUCUACUUCUCCUAUAGUCAUUGAUGAUUAUAACCAAAGUCAUUCAGUGAAGUCGCCUUAUAGAAAUCCGAGUCCUGAUUUAGGUAUGCAUCAUUCACACAGUUCGAGACGACGAAUGGAAAGGAGUUCAAGUCAUCGCAAACAUAGAAGGGAGAAAGAGAAGUUGAGGGACAAGAGGAGGCUGUCGAGGAGUCGCAGUCCCAUCGGUCGGAGACGCUCGAGGUCACCGAGUUGGAGCAGGAGGCACCACAGCCCCUCGCCCAGUCGGAGCAAAUUGAAGAAGUAUAAGUCGAGGAGUCCGAGAAGGGAGCGCGACAGGACGCCCUCAAGGACCCGCGACAAGAACCGCAGCCCGAGCCCCCACUCCAUCAAAUCCUCCCAAUUGAAGAACAAAAUUACCGACACUAGUCUUUUCGCUGAGCUGGUGAAAGACCGCCACAAACGCGAACUAGAAUUGAAAAAAAUCGAAAACUUGCUUGAAAACAAAACCGAUAAAGCGGACCCGGAAAUCGAACCGAAAAAACCGGAAGCAACUGCAACCAAACCAUCAAUUGACGAGAUAGAUGCUUGCAUUGAUAAAACCACUAACUCCAUUCCAAUUCCCAUGGAUAUCGACGAUAUCCCAAUUCCGGACCAAAAUCCGGUGAAAUUAAACGAAAUCGCAUUACCGGAUUCGGCACCGUUGCCAAAUGACAAACCGGAACAACCGCCAACGCCACCGUUACCGAAUAGUGCGCCGCCAAAACCGAUUGAAAACAAAACACUACCGCCACCACCGCCCGCUCCACCGAAAAAGGAAGUCGGGAAGAAACAAAAGAUUACGAAAUUACCGAUGCCGCCUGGAUUGAAUCAGAACGAAUUGGAGAUGAUUGAGUCGCCGCCGAGUCGGUCACCGACGCCGCCACCGGCCGUAGUCAAACCCAAGACGCCGCCCCCGAAAAAGGGGAUCAUGAAUCUACCAAUGCCGCCAGUUAUCCCCGGAACGGAAGAAUUGAGUGGGGAUGAUGACGUCACGAAUACACCCCCACGUAUCACGAAUAACAAAGUCGGUGAAAAGUCAAAAAUGACGCCAAAACCGCGUCUCAAACGUCCGAAAAUCCUCAAACGACGCGGUUCGAGGAAUUUCCAAGCUGUCAGUGGUAAAGAUUGGGGCGAAAGAUGUGUCGAUAUGUUCGAAGUUAUUGCACAGAUCGGUGAAGGAACUUAUGGUCAAGUUUAUAAAGCGAAAGAUGUCACAGCUGGUGAAUUAGUGGCCUUGAAAAAAGUCCGAUUAGAAAAUGAGAAAGAAGGCUUUCCGAUAACAGCAGUUCGGGAGAUAAAAAUUUUGAGACAAUUAAACCAUAAGAAUAUCGUCAAUUUGAGGGAAAUCGUGACGGAUAAACAGGACGCUGUUGAUUUCAGAAAGGAUAAAGGAUCGUUUUAUUUAGUGUUUGAGUAUAUGGAUCACGAUCUGAUGGGGCUGUUGGAGUCGGGAAUGGUCGAUUUUAACGAAAUGAAUAAUGCGUGUAUCAUGAAACAGUUGCUAGAUGGACUGAAUUACUGUCACAAGAAAAAUUUCUUGCAUAGAGACAUCAAAUGUAGUAAUAUUUUAAUGAAUAACAGAGGCGAAGUGAAGCUGGCGGAUUUCGGUCUGGCGCGUCUUUACAACGCCGAAGACAGACAGAGGCCUUACACGAACAAAGUGAUAACAUUGUGGUACCGCCCCCCUGAACUCCUAUUGGGCGAGGAACGAUACGGUCCUGCGAUCGACGUGUGGAGUUGUGGUUGCAUUUUGGGCGAACUUUUCCUCAAAAAACCCCUCUUCCAGGCAAACGCCGAAAUGAUGCAACUCGAGAUGAUUUCCCGUGUUUGUGGUACUCCGACUCCGGCCGUGUGGCCCUCGGUUAUCAAAUUGCCGCUUUUCCACACUUUGAAACCGAAAAAACUCCACAGGAGGCGUUUACGCGAAGAUUUCAUGUUUAUGCCUCAAACGGCGUUGGAUCUUUUGGAUAAAAUGCUCGAUUUGGACCCAGAGAAGAGGAUAUCGGCGGAGGAUGCGCUCAAAUCGCCUUGGUUGAAGAAUAUUAACCCGGAACAGAUUUGUGCACCUGAGUUGCCCACGUGGCAAGAUUGUCAUGAAUUGUGGAGUAAAAAGAGGAAACGGCAAAUGCGCGAACAGCAAGAAUCGGUGCAGAAUUUACCGCCCGGAAAACCGAUCGUUUUGAGGGACAAAAAACCGGAAGAUACGUCCGAAGUCGGGGGUUCCUCCAAAGUGCUGAAAAUGGAGGCUUACGACGCAGCUGUCCUGUCGUACGCCCUGGCGACCGCGGCGACGAAAAUCAAGCCCGGGUUACUGGGGAUAGCCCCCAUCCUGCCGCCGCGCAUCCCCGAGGGGGAGUCGCUGACGCCCCCCGCGAGACACCAGGAAGCGGACGAGAACAGGAACUAUCUCCAGCAGCUCCUCUGCGCCGUCGAGCAGCAAAUCGUGGGCAAAACCGCGGUGCAGUUGCCCCAAUUGAUGGAGAUCUGCGCGACGAAGCAGGCACAGGUGGACCAGCAGGCCAUCGCCCAUUUGGAGACGCUCCAAACUGAGCUGCGACACAUCUGCAAAAACAACCCCUCGGCCACGCAUUUACUGCAACUGAAGAUCGAGGAGGAGCAAAGUCCGGGAGUGUCCUUAAAUACCGAAAUCGUCGUGAAGAGUUUGACCGAAUUGAUGAAGCAUUUCGGCCUGGUUUCGGGGCCCAAUGUUUUGAAGAAGAUUUUUGUAAGCUAAUUUGUGAGCCUUAAUUUUGUAAAAAUUUGAUAUUUUGCCAGUUUCGUUCACAAACCUCAUAUAUGUGGCAAAAAUAUUACAUAUUUUAGCAGAAUACUGUCAAAUUUAUCGAUGAGUAAAUGACUACCACCUGA